AUUUGUGUAUAGUUCGUAUAUGCAUGUAUGUAUGCGUGCAUACAAACUGAAAUAAAUGUGAAUGAAAUGAUAUAAAACGCUUUUCAUUCUUCAUCUACCACCCACAUGCACAUCGAUAAGAACGCUUACAAAAACAAUGUCGGUACGUUGCUGCUGUCGCUGCUGGUGUUAUUGUAAUAGUAGACUCUGCUGCAGAGAGCAGUAUUGGUGACGGUUGCGUUGUUGGUGAUGUUUACCAACGCCAUACUACAACAGUAAAAGCGAACAAAUUCACAUGACAGCCGUUCGAGCCAAACGACAAGAUUCUAUAGCGAUUCCACAUACGUGUGCAUGUUUUGUACUAAACAUCUAAAUAUAUAUAUAUAUAUAUAUAUAUGUAUAUAUAUGCAGUUUUAUAUUCAUGUCAAACAUAUGAAAAGCCAAUUUCAGAAAGUACAUAUAGCAGCAACAACAAAACCAACAAAAACAACAACAAGAACAACAACAACAACAAUAAGUUUUACUUCUCUGCCAAAAACAAUGCUCUGAAUGUAUCGUGACAACGAAUAUAAGGAAAGGAAAUAUAGCCAACGCUUUUAGCGGAAUAUAAACCAGAAAGCAGAAAAAAAGCCACAUAUAUAUACACACACACACAUAUAUAUACCUAUAAAAGAAAGUGUUCAUUACUGGGAGCAAAAAGACAACAAACGAAAUAAGUAUAAUACAAGAGAGAAAGGAAAGACAAAGGGAAACAAUCUCUGGAACAACAGUGAAGCGCUCGUCUAAAUAUUUGCAAAGCGAAUUUAAACGUGCGUGCGUGUGUGUGCUUGUAGUUUAGAUAAAUUUUCAAAUUUUAAAAAAUUUCUUCGCACAAGAUCCGGUGAUGUGGGUCAACCCCCGCAGCGGGAAAUGCAACAACCCCAACGUUAUAUACCGUCUGUAUCUGAUUUAUAUGGAACGGACGAGAUAGAACUACUGCUGGACGAAAUAAGAGAAUUAGAGCCGGUCUGCUGUCAGCUGGACGAUGAACAGGAUUUUGAAAUAGCUGGCAGCAGAGCUGGAGAGCUAUCGUUAUCCUUGGAAUCGCCGCUGGGUACGUGCACGUCGUGGGACUCGCACGCCAACUAUAAACAGCGCACCACACAAACACCACUGCCAUGGGGAGUUGCCCUACACUGUGAUCCGCAACACUUAAAAACGCCUACAGGGAUUGUGCGAAUACUUUUGGUGUUAUCAUCAGCUGCUUGUCUUGCCUGCGAAUGUUCAGCGGGUACCGUACAAGUAGGUCUUUUUCUACUGCCACUCAUUGGACGUCUAAGAUUGAUGGUCUUCUGUGCACUAUUCUCCUUAUUGAUCACCUGUCUCAUGUUAUUCCUCGACAUUUCGCAUAUAGCUCUAAUGUUUCCCUUCAAUUGGACAAAAAUUAAUACAUGGAUGUACCUGAGUAUCGGUUUAAUAUUUAUUUUGAGUUCCACAUUGUUAAUGCACAUGGUUCUCUUUGCCGAAGAGUACAUCUGGGUAUCAAAGCAUACUAAAGACACUUUACUAACAUCAGCGAUAAUCGGCUACAUUUGUGCGAUUGAAUCUCUGGGCCUUUCGAGUAUAGCUGCAUGGCCUUGGACUCAGUAUCGGCAAGUGCCAGAUGAUGGCAGCGAUAUAUACAUUGAAGAUCGUGAAAUGACACCCAUGAGUCCGAUAGCAAGCACGGCUGAUGUGCCGCACAAUCAUUCUCAAACAGCAAACCAUAACAAUCGCAAUAACAGCACAGCGCACAGCGAUACAAAUCAUCACAAUCAAUUAAUUCGUCUAUCAACAUCGUCGUCCUACAAUCAAAAGCCUUAUAUACCUGCCAAACGACCCAAUGAACUCAAUAACCAAAAACCAACACUGGGUCAUAUCCAGACCGCGCGAAAACCGAAUCAGCGUUAUCGCGAGGGCUAUCAUUAUCAACCAGUUGCGUCAACGUCCCGCCAAAGUCCCACAUUCGUUUUAGGCGAUGACAUUGGGGCUGGUCCAUCCACAUCCCGAUCCAAUGAUAAUUCUAGUGCGUGAUAGUUUUUAUUCCUCAUUUUAUAAAUAAUAAAAAAACAAAAAAAUGAAAAAUUUAAGUGAAAUUGUAACCGUGUCACCGUUUUUUAUUUAUAUUCGUUUUUUUUUUAUUCCUCUCUUCAACAAAAUAAAUCACACUUUUGUACACAUGCAUCCAUCCAUCCAUGCAACCAACUAUCUCGACAGGCGUGAAAUAGUUCGUUGUAAGCGCUGAAAAUGUGUUGAGAAACAAAAAAAAGAAAAAAAAAAAACACAGAAACCAUAAAAUAACAAAUAUUUUGUAUAAGAGAAGUAAACCAUGAAACCCCUCGAAUACAGAAAAUCGAAACUUGAGAGUAAAAAAAUGCACCCUUUGCCGCAAUAAUAAAAUUGAGAAAGUCAUGCACACGCAUAUAUACACGCAAAAUUCAACACGCAGGCUGAGGAAAUGUUAUAGUCUCUGUCAAAGAAAAUAUAAAGAAAACAAAACAAAGUUAAUCUAUAGCACGUUAAAGAAAAGUUGAUUAAAUACCACUAUGAUCCUUAAAGCUUCUUACACCUUGACUCCGGCCUCGUUAUGCGAAGAAGUACAAAACUAUCUUCCGCGAGCAUUUCCCUAAAAAUAACUGUCAUAAGCAAUCAUCUCUUAACUGAUUAAUAGAAUUCAGAAUGUUUAUCGGCAAAACUCCGUUUAGAACUCUUUUGAUGUGAAAAAUUGUUAAUCAUGAAAUAUUCCGUCUUUACAAGAGAUGAUAUUGUGGGUUUGGAUUACUUUAGAAAUCCUCCUUUGCACUUUACUUACUUGCUUGCGUAUCGCAGUUACCUCAGUUCCGGAUUGCAUGUUCUUCAGUUGGAAGAAUUGGUUAACCAGUAGUCGUCGGUCUUUCUAUAUAUACACAAGUGGUUACUAAGCCAGCUUUACGUUAAUAUGUUUUACAGUGAAAUCUAUAAGUAAGCAAGAGUAAUACUUAACCUCACAUAUGGUAAUGGUAAGAUUAAGAUUGUCCAGAUAUACGCGAUACACAAAAUGACUUGAAAUAGGCUCAAUUUUUAUUUUAUAAAUCCAUUCAGAGUCACUUUCUAAAAUUAGUGAAUACAAAAAUACAUGUCGAGACAUCGGAUGUAAAGAGAAAUCUAAAUCGGUUCAGAAUGAUUUUCUGGCCGAAGCUUAAACCGAUUUAAAAUAUAGUUCUCAUACACGUAUUUGAAUCGAUUCAGAAAAUGAUUGUGAUUACGAUUUAAACC